AAGGUAUCUAGGUUAUAUACUGUACUACUAAACGAGUGUAAAAAUGACUGUCACUGAGUUCCCACCACUUCUUUCUGAAGAAGAUUUGCAAAAGUACAAAGUUCCAUUGAAGUGGAGAGAUAGAUGUGCUGCCUAUUACGCUCUUUACAAAAUAUGUCUUGUCAGACAAUCCGCAAACUCAUCAAUUGUGUGUAAGCAAGACAAGCAUUCAUGGGAAGAAUGUGAAAACUUGGACUUCAAGAGAAGACAACAAGAGUUGAGCGAACUUAAGAAGACCAUGAAGGAAGAAUCUUCUGCUUAGACAGGAUAGCAUCGGAGGGAGAGUAAUGUAAAACAUGAGAAAACCAUAGUAAACGAAGAAAUCAAGGAGACGAGCGGAGAUGCUCCACACAUCAUUGAAGUCCUUUUUUUUCCAUUUGAAAUAUAACUUCACAUCCAUAGACGGUUGGAUAUAUAAAAUACGUCAUAGAAUCA